AUGGUUAACAGAAACCAAAAGGAAUCUCAUGAACAAGAAACACAGACAGAUGAACCAUUUCGCAGUAGUCGAUUAAUAACAGGUUAUGGUAUUGGAUUGCGUGAAGAUAAUUAUGAUUUUAAUGAUGACGAAGAUUGUCAAUCAAAUUCAAGUGCAUUAAGAGACACAGUUCUCGAAGUACCGACAGUUACAUGGGAAGAUAUUGGUGGAUUGGACGAUGUUAAGCGAGAAUUACAAGAAUUAGUACAAUAUUCCGUCGAACAUUCAGAAAAAUUUUCAAAAUAUGAUGUAACAUCAUCGAGAGGAGUGCUGUUUUAUGGACCACCUGGUUGUGGUAAAACAUUAUUAGCAAAAGCUAUUGCCAAUGAAUGUCGAGUCAAUUUCUUAUCCGUAAAAGGUCCCGAAUUGUUAACAAUGUGGUUUGGGGGAACCGAAGCAAAUGUUCGUGAUAUAUUUAAUAAGGCUCGUCAGGCAGCACCAUGUAUAUUGUUCUUCGAUGACUUAGAUUCAAUUGCUAAAUCACAUGAAGGAAAUGCUAAUAAUGGAGGUGGAGCAGGUGAUCGUGUUUUAAAUCAAAUCUUAACUGAAAUGGAUGGAAUGGGAGCGACGAAAAAUGUCUUUAUUUUCGCAGCAACGAAUCGUCCAGAUAUUAUUGAUUCAGCGUUACUACGUCCAGGUCGUCUUGAUCAACUUAUUUAUAUUCCAUUACCAGAUGCGAAAGCCCGUAUAGCUAUAUUCAAAACAGUAUUACGUAAAUCUCCCGUCUCAAAAGACGUUGAUGUUGAAUCUAUAGCUAUCGAAUUAAAGGGAUUUAGUGGCGCUGAUAUAACUGAAAUUUGUCAUCGUGCAUGCAAAGUAGCCAUACGUGAAUCAAUUGAAAAAGAGCGUCAGCGAGAUCGAGAAACAGCGAUAGAUGAUGAAUUUGACUCCGUGCCAGAAAUUCGACGUGAUCAUUUCGAAGAAGCGAUGAAAUUUGCACGACGUAGUAUUUCAGAUAAAGAUGUUUAUAAAUAUGAAAUGUUCGCACAAACAUUACAACAAUCAAGAGGUUUCGGUUCAUCAUUUCGUUUUCCAGAACAACAACAGCCAAAUCCAUCACAAGGUAGUGAACAUGGUACGGUGCACGAUACGGACGAUUUAUAUGAUUAA